CAAAAAGGUACAAAACCGUUCCAAGCCACAGAGAAUCAAGCAUCCAGCGAAGAAUAGUUAUACACAAAGAUUUCGGAUUGAACAUUGAAAUAUUGGCUAGGUCAUUUACUUACUCACUUUUGAAAAUUGUCACUUGAUAACGAUGCUAACUUCAACAUACAUAUUUAGGAUCUUUAAACUGCUAAAUAUUUUUCUGGUAGUAGCACACAAUACUGCUCAAAAUUGGUGGAAUUUUAAUUCUCAGCCUAAUCCUUUUAAACUACCUGUUUUCACUCCUCUGCCAAAUCAAAGAUUUACUCAUAUUCCUGAGGUUAAUCAAUAUGGUCCUAUGCCAAAUGAUGUAAUAGUAGAUAUUCCCAAAGCUGGUAUGGGAAAAUUUAUAGGAUUUUCAACCACUAUAAAUUACGAUUAUACUUGGUCUCAUUGGCCACCAAUAAAGGGUCGGUUAGUGAAUGUUUUUUUGGGGAUACCGUAUGCAGCACCUCCGGUUGAAGGGCAAAGGUUUCGGGUUUGUCAAUAAUACUGUACGUGACAUUCGAUGACAGAUGCCAGUCCCCGCCUACUUAGAUACCCGGUUUCCGUGGUUCGCCAAACGCUUUAGAUCAGCAUGCAUGCAACCUCCCAUUUGGAUAAACCGCUUUAUGCCAGGAUUCAAAGAUAUAAAUGAAGACUGUCUUUAUCUCAAUAUUUAUUAUCCAAAUCGUACGUGGGCGGAUCCGAAUACACGAUAUCCUGUCAUUGUACAUAUACACGGUGGAAGUUAUGUUUAUGGCUCUAGUCAUAUGUAUCCUGGCUUAGCAUUGGCGUCUAAAGGAGUGGUUGUAGUGACAUUUAAUUAUCGCUUAGGUCCUUUUGGUUUUCUGUCAACCGGUGAUUAUGCAUCUAUAGGAAAUUAUGGUCUAUGGGAUCAGUUGCUCGCCAUCACAUGGGUUAAAGAGAAUAUUGCAUGGUUUCGUGGUGACCCAGACAAGAUAACUAUAAUGGGUGAAAGUGCUGGUGCAGCUAGUGUCGGCCUACACUUAAUAUCACCGUUAACACGUGAAAGAUAUUUAUUCAAUCAAGCAAUAAUGAUGUCCGGUUCUGAUUUAUCCGAUUGGGCGUUCAGUGAUCCAAUGAAAGUUCGUACAAGAUAUUAUGCAAUUGAGCUAGGUCGUAGACUGGGUUGCCCGACAGUACAAAGCAAAGAGGUGAUUCAGUCACAAGAAGCUAUGUAUAAUGGUUAUUUACAUUAUAUAUACAAAGAUCAAUAUGCAUUUAAACAGUCAUUUGAUGAGUCAUAUGUUAAACAAUAUUUGAAUAUACCCUUAUCAGAGCAAACUGAUGCUUAUGCUGUUGUUUCGUGUUUAAGAUAUGAUAAGACAGCAGAAGAAAUUAACAAUAUAGUACGAGAUAUAAUCCCACUUCGUGGAGCACCAACAUUUGUAUGGACACCAGUAGUAGAUGGAGCAUCUGGAUUUUUUCCACGUAGUCCAUCUAAAGAACGUACAUUAGGUAAUUUUGCUAAAUUACCAUUACUUGCUGGUGUAGUACAAGAUGAAGGUUCUUUAACCUUUCAAUUCUAUUUAUCACGAUUAGAAAACGGAAAUUAUGUAAUAGGUAAUUUGACAGAUGAUGUUGUAAAACGUAUCAUCGGUAUGUGGUUAAUCAAAAUGAAUGUACUUCGAUAUAAUCAAACUGCUGAAGAAUUGUACAAUCGAUAUACAUAUUGGCAAAAUUUGGAAAAUAAUACUGCCCGAUGGAAAAGAGCUGUUGAUCUUAUGUCAGAUUUGUUAAUCUCUUCACCGUUAGAUGCAGUUGUAAAAUAUCAUGCAAAUCAUUCACCUCCGGUUUAUUUCUAUGAAUUUGCUUAUUCAAGUCGAAAUGAUAGAGAAGCAACACCGGAGACAGGUAUUUAUCAUGGGAUUGAGUUACCCUUCUUAUUCGGAUUUCCAUUUAUGAAUAAAUCUAUAUGGUCAGAAUUAUUUGGUGAAGGUAAUGUACUACCGAAAUGUGCAUCAGAGGUAUAUGAUUACCCACAUGAUUCAAAUAUGAGUGAAUUUCUAUUAGAUUUAUGGACAAAUUUUGUAAAGUAUGGCAAUCCGACACCUGAAAAAGUUAAAAACAUUAACUGGUCAAGAUUUAGACAACCAGAAGAAGCCUACCUGCGUAUUCAAUUGAAUAGUUCAAUUCAAUAUCAUUAUCGUUCAUCAGAUAUGGCAUUUUGGCAAAAUCGUUUUGAAUCAUUAGCAGAACCUCUACCAGCAUCUCCACCAAUUUAUCGUACUCCAUUAAUCGACAUACGACUGGCUACAGUUAUAUUAAGUUGUCUAUUAGCUAUUGCAUUGAUUAGUAUAAUAAUAAUUAUUAUCUUAUUAAUACGACGUCCAAAUCCUAAACACUUUAAAUCAAAUAUACGUUAUACAACACCAGGAAGUGAAUUUCAUGCAUCCUUUAAAGAUUCCUUUGCCAACAGUAAUAUUUAUUCAUCAUCAAUAACAGCAACAACACCAACACCAUCUUCCGUGUAUCCUCAACAACAACAACAACAACCGCGGCCACCCAGUACAUUUAGUUAUUUCACUAAUAAAGAGAAUAAAUUCCUGUCAGCGUCUUCAUUAGCACAUACAAAUGAUCCAUUGGCAUCAUUACUAACAGUGAAUAAACAUCCACCACCUCCUCCAAUACCCUCAUCAUCACCGCAACAACAACAACAACAAUAUUAUGAUCGAAGAGGUUCUUCAUCUGAAUCUUCAAAUGGUUCAUUAUCCUUAAUAUCAUCGUCCUCACCACACCACCACCACAAACAACAACGCCAGCUGCAGCACCAUCAACAUCACGUCGUCGACAACUGAAACAAAAGCAUGAUGAGAGUAAGUCAUUGAUGAUGAAAGGCGUUAAUGAUUGCCUCAUAAUGAAUAGACUGAAUCAACAAGAUCCACAACAAUCUGAUCCUUUACUGCAUGCCAUUGAUAAUAAUAACAAUAAUAAUAAUAAUCCUUAUAAACCUUACAUAACAGACGUUUAACCACCUGAGGGAUUAAACAAUGCAAGUUAGCAUGUAAAUAAUGCAUUUCUCUGUGUCAAGAAUUAACAAUAACCAGCAACCAAAACGCAAAAAUGAAGCACAUUUCUUCCAGUGAUGAAUGGUGUAAUGAAAGUUAUUAUUAUUAUCCAUCAGUUCUGUGGUGCUGUUUUUGUUUUUUUUUCUUUUACUUUUAUUGGUCAAUAAUCAUGUCGAAUCAACUGAUUUCCUACUUUCUUAUUAUUAUUAUGGCGAACUCCUGACUGUUGUGUGUAAUUAACGUGUAUCACCUAAAUAGUAAUAACAGUUCCAUAGUGUGAUCAUUGACAAUUAGCUUUUGCUUCUGUGUUUGUUUGUGUUUCCUGGUUUUCUCUCUCUAUCUCUCUUCGGCUCUCUCUUAUUUCUAUUUACUGUAUGUAUAUUUUAUUUUAAAUGUAGAAUUCAUUGUUCACAUUUUAGUUUUCAUUAAACACAAACUAUGGUGAGUGAUUUGGAUAUUUUCUUAAAAAUAAACAAGACAG